AGGAAGUACAAAAACAUCAACAAUCCUUCCAGGUUCAGGCUAGGACGAAGAGUAGCCUAGCAGCCAAGUAGCGUUAGCCAAGCUCGUGUUUUUCGAGAGCUUUUACAUUUGUUUAUUUUAUUUUUUUUAUAAUAUUUUUUUUUUGUAGUACCCCCUCCCCUCCUAAAUAUGUCGUUGUUUGGGAAGAUAUUCGGAGGAGGAGGAAAAGGAGGAAAGGGACCGAGUCCACAGGAGGCUAUCCAGAAACUCCGAGAGACGGAGGAGAUGCUAACGAAGAAACAGGAAUUUUUAGAGAAAAAGAUCGAGCAGGAGCUGCAGAUCGCCAAGAAGAAUGGCAUGAAAAACAAAAGAGCGGCUCUGCAGGCCUUGAAAAGAAAGAAGCGGUACGAGAAGCAGCUCACUCAGAUCGACGGCACGCUGUCGACCAUCGAGUUCCAGAGGGAGGCUCUGGAGAACGCCAACACUAACACGGAAGUGCUCAAGAACAUGGGCUUCGCUGCCAAGGCCAUGAAGUCUGCGCAUGAAAACAUGGACAUUGACAAGGUGGACGACCUGAUGCAGGACAUUACAGAGCAGCAGGAGCUGGCCCAGGAAAUCUCCGACGCCAUCUCUAAACCCGUUGGCUUCGGAGAGGAGUACGAUGAGGAUGAGCUGCUGGCAGAGCUGGAUGAGCUGGAACAGGAGGAGCUGGACAAAAACCUGCUGGAGAUUGGGGGGCCGGAGAACGCCCCCCUCCCCAACGUGCCUUCUACUUCGUUACCUUCCAGACCUGCCAAGAACGAGGAAGACGAGGAUGACAUCGAGGAUCUGCAACGCUGGGCGAUGCAAGCCAUGUAAACGCAGCAUCCGCCUCAUCGUCACACCUGCAUCGGAGAGAGAAGAGAGAACGCAACGGGGUGGGAGAGGGGGAGGGAGGGGAGAGGGGGGGGGUGAAUGGACUGAUGUUGUGUGUGAGUGUUUUUGUGUGUCUGAAGAGCGAGUCGACCGUCUUCUUUAUGUAACACUACGAGAAAAAAAAACAUAGCGACAAUGCUGUAGUCUUUCUUUUUCCUGCCCCCCCCUCCUUCACGAAUCCAGAGAUCGCUGGGUGCUCAGCGCAAACGAGCCAGUCGAGGUCUUUUAUAUUGAAGCUCUUUCACUGCACCGUUAUUUUAACACUUGACUCUAACACAGUACUAGCACUUCGUCGUCCUUGUACCGAGCAGCUACAAUUAACCGGCCCGCAGAGUUCACACAGCAGCGUGAUGUUAUGAGCUCUGUGCUGCCGUAGUUUUCUGACAGAGGAAAUAUCCAGCGCACAUAUUUACUGGUAUUUGUGGCGUUUACCUCGCUGGGUGUUUUUCUUUUCUUUCCCCGUUUGAAUGAAACAUGAAAUAACCCUUUCCCUCCCUGUUUUUGUUACCUGUUCUUUAAACUUAAGUCCGGUUGAGCAUGCGCAGGGUGGGAAAAAAAAAAGAAGCUGUGUGUUUGCUCCGCUUUCGUUUUCAGGCUGCGUGCUUUGAACCUGACUUCUCCCUCCCUCCAAGGCGCCCGUCAAACGCCCGUGGUCCGUGUCAUUCAGUGUAAAUAUCCCCCCCCAAACGACGUGUCUCUUUUUGUAUACUGUAUUUCUGCUGUCACCAAGAGGAUCCGCUGAGGUCGUGCGAAGCAUGCAACAGUGAGGAAAUCAGAAAACGGAUCGCACCUCGCACCUCACGCCUCAAAAGAGAGAGGUGUUUGACCCGACAUGUUCAUCCCGCUCUCUGUCUUGGUCCUUCUGUUUCAAAUUGUAUGUUUUAAAAAAAUAAUUAAUAAUAAUAGUAAUAAUAAACUAUUGUCACAUCUUAUCAACCGCAUCCAGAGGGGAAAGUUUGGGUGGUUUUGAAGAAGAUUAGAUUAUAGUCGGCCUACAACAUUUUGGAGUUUAAAGAGUUAAACCUUCUUUUAGUUUUUCAUGAUGUACAUUUUUUACAUAGGGAAAAAAAAACAUCAUAACACGAGGACAGAUGGACAAGCAUGUUUGCAUCUCAAUGUUUUAUUUAUCCAGAUGAAUAUUAUUUGCAAAGUCAUUAAAAGGUUUUCAAUUCUUC